GCAGGAGGCGGUAACAUCCGGGGUCCUCGCCGCGCGGGGGCGGGGCGCAUUCCGGGGACCUGAACCUGGACGCCGCCGCGGCCGUGGGCCUGGACAGUGGCCGCCAGUCCGGCCGCCGCCGCUGCUUGUUUCCUGGCGCUGAGCGGGGCUUCUGCCGGCGGCGCUGCGGCUGCGGAGAGUCACAGGUUUCCUACAAGCAGAAAUGGAGGCAUCUGCACACCAAAUGCACCCUCUGAAUGAGAAGCAGAUAGCCAGUUCUGAAGACGGAUGUGUAUGGCAAGUCACUGACAUGAACAGACUACACCGGUUCCUCUGCUUUGGUUCUGAAGGUGGGACUUACUAUAUCAAAGAACAGAAGUUGGGCCUUGAAAAUGCCGAAGCUUUAAUCAGAUUGAUUGAAGAUGGCAGAGGCUGUGAAGUGAUACAGGAAAUCAAGCUGUUUAGUCAAGAAGGCAGAACCACAAAGCAGGAGCCCGUGCUCUUUGCGCUUGCCAUCUGUUCCCAGUGUUCCGACAUAGGCACCAAGCAAGCGGCGUUCAAAGCUGUCUCCGAAGUUUGUCGCGUUCCUACACAUCUCUUUACUUUUAUUCAGUUUAAGAAGGAUCUAAAGGAAAGCAUGAAGUGUGGCAUGUGGGGGCGUGCUCUGCGGAAGGCAGUUGCAGACUGGUACAAUGAGAAAGGCGGCAUGGCCCUUGCUCUGGCAGUUACGAAAUAUAAACAGAGAAAUGGCUGGUCUCACAAAGAUCUCUUACGAUUGUCGCAUCUUAAACCUUCUAGUGAAGGACUUGCCAUUGUGACCAAAUACAUUACAAAAGGCUGGAAAGAGGUCCAUGAAUUAUACAAAGAAAAAGCACUUUCUGUGGAGUCUGAAAAAUUAUUAAAGUAUCUGGAGGCUGUAGAGAAAGUGAAGCGCACAAAAGAUGAACUGGAAGUCAUUCAUCUGAUAGAAGAACACAGGUUAGUUAGGGAGCAUCUUCUGACCAAUCACUUGAAGUCUAAAGAGGUAUGGAAGGCUUUGUUACAAGAAAUGCCUCUUACUGCAUUACUAAGAAAUCUAGGAAAGAUGACUGCUAACUCAGUGCUUGAGCCAGGAAAUUCAGAAGUAUCUUUAGUUUGUGAAAAACUGUGUAAUGAAAAACUUUUAAAAAAGGCUCGUAUACAUCCACUUCAUAUUUUAAUUGCUUUAGAAACUUACAAAACAGGUCAUGGCCUCAGAGGAAAACUGAAGUGGCAACCUGAUGAAGAAAUUUUGAAAGCAUUGGAUGCUGCUUUUUAUAAAACAUUUAAGACAGUUGAGCCAACUGGAAAGCGUUUCUUGCUGGCUGUUGAUGUUAGUGCGUCUAUGAACCAAAGAGUAUUGGGUGGUAUACUCAAUGCAAGUACAGUUGCUGCGGCAAUGUGCAUGGUUGUCACACACACAGAAAAAGAUUCCUAUGUAGUUGCUUUUUCAGAUGAAAUGGUACCAUGUCCGUUGACUACAGAUAUGACUUUACAGCAGGUUUUAAUGUCUAUGAAUCAGAUCCCAGCAGGUGGGACUAACUGCUCCUCUCCAAUGAUCUGGGCUCAGAGGACAAACACGGCUGCAGAUGUCUUCCUGGUGUUCACUGGGAAUGAGACCUACGCUGGGGGUGUCCGUCCUGCUGUUGCUCUGAGGGAAUAUCGAAAGAAAAUGGAUAUUCCAGCUAAACUGAUAGUUUGUGGAAUGACAUCAAAUGGCUUUACCGUUGCAGACCCAGAUGACAGAGGCAUGUUGGACAUGUGUGGCUUUGAUACUGGUGCUCUGGAUGUAAUCCGAAAUUUCACGUUAGAUGUGAUUUAAUCACAAGUAGCAGCAUGAUCUGAGAGGUCCAUUGGCAUCCGUGAUCUCACUACAGACACAGUGACUUCCCACCUGAUGUCAAUGCAGUGAAGGAUGAUGCUACAGUAUGUGCAUAAUGGAAACAUACCUUACCCAGAAGAAGGAAAUGAGAGAUGAGCCCCAUGUUCAUCACUAGCCUAGCUCUUGGGAAGCAGCUUCAGGAUACUGUAGCUUCCUCUAACAGAGAACUUCUUGUUAAUAGGCCAUGUGAAACAGUCCGUCGGUUCUGCUUCCAUGAAUAAUACAUGUGCAGAAGUUUAAGUAGUUCUACAUCAUGUCACUCGUUUGAGAAGUACUUAACGUUUUCUAAAAUAUUUCCCUUGGGAAAAGAUAGCUUUGAUAAUGUCCAGAUACUCUGAAAUGCACUAGACCAUGUAACUGUGAUGGAAUAUGAGAUUCUUCUGUAAACUUUUAUACUGGGGGGGGGGGGGAUGUAUUUGAUUCGAUUAUAAAUGAGUUUUGAAAAUUCCUUUCCGUUUUCUAAGAUCACAACAAGUAUCAGCUUUCUUAUUCAAUUUACAAGAUAUUUUAUUUCUGAUAUUCUGUUUGUACUUGAGAGUCUGUUACCAUUAACCAGAAACAUACGGAAACCCCUUAGAAGUUUGUAUUGGCUGAGGAAUUCUAUUUGGCUUGUUUGUUGUUUUGUUUUGCUGUAUUUUAUUUUCUGUGAGGAUUUUGACUUCAGAGCGAUUUCCUGAUUUAUAGCAACAUAAUAACAUGUAGUAAAUUUUUUGUAUAUGAAUGAAAAUAACAUUUUUUAAGUUUCUCUAUUAAUCUUGAAAGUAUAAGUUCAAAUCUUAAACCAGAUUAGUUUUUUCCUUCCUCUUAAAAUAAUAAUUGUUUUACUGUUAACUAUAUUUUUAUUCAAUUGAAAAUGGGUUUUGAUUCUUUUAAAAAUAGAUUUAUUUAUUUGAAAGUCAGAGACAGAGCUCUUCCCUCCACUACAUCACUCCCCAGAUGUCUGCAACAGCCAGGCCUGGGUCAGGCCAAAGUCAGGAGCCAGAAGCUUCAUCCAGAUCUUGCACAUGGGUGCAGGGGUCCUUGGGCCACCUGCUGCUGCUUUCCCAGGCGCAUUAGCAGGGAGCUGGAUCAGAAGCAGAGCAGCCAGGGCCAAAACUGUGCCCAUGUGGGAUGCCUACAUCGCAGGCAGCGACUUAACUUGUUAUUACCACAGUGCCGACCCUGGUUGUGAUAGUUUCUAAUUGUAAACAUGUCAACAGCUGCCUGUGUCUUUGUCCAUUAUUCAUUUUGUGGCAAAACAUUCUUUUUUUUGAUGUUUGAAAGGCCAUUUUUGAGUGGCCUAUUACCAACUAGUCUGUAGGAUUUGUGUGUGUGUGUGUGUGAAACAUGCAUUUCUUUACACUAAAUGCAUUAUUUUCCUGAAUAAGUAUCCUUUCACUGGGAGAGACAACAUUAAAGCUGUCUGUUGAAAUGUUAAUAUCUUUCCUCAUAAUUUUACCAUGUAUAUGAAAUAGUUCAUAACAUAAAUAUUAAGAUUUAAGUCAAACUCUGGUAAAUGACAGCCUUUUAUGUGCUUGAGGGUUAAGGUUUUAUGUUUUGGGAAAGGGACACAAGAGUGAGAAUUUAUGUACGUAUUUUCUUCUGUUUCAUGGGUAAUUUGGGCUCAGGAAAAAAGAAAAUUGUCCUUUCAAUGUGUUUGACACAUUAAUGAUGGCCUUGAUAUGUAGCCAUUCCUUUAAGGCAACUGCUGGCAACAGUUUGAAUUUGUGAGUUACCUCGAGGUAUUUUUGGUCAGCAGAGCCAGUGACACAGACACUGACACACAAACAUGCAUUGCUUUUGGUUUUCUUCUGGUUGUAACCUUGUGUCAGUCAUGGAGUUUCAUGUUAGCUACUUUUGCUAAGUGAAAAUAUUGUGUUCAGACUAAAUAUGAAAAACCCAAUAGAAUUAUCUAAUAGCUCUCAAAUUCUUGAAAACCAAGAUUUUUCUGAAUUAAAAAAUUUUGUCCUAACUUUUUAUUACUAAUAGAAAUAUUGAAGAGAAAAUUUAUAAGUCUGUUUGCUUCAGUUAUAGACUAUUUUCAUAGUGCUUUUAGACAAAUACAGUGUAUCUAGGCACUAAUAUUAAAUCCAUCAGGGAUUAGCUAUUACCUUUUAGAAGUAUUUACGUAGGUCUGAUUAAAUAAAUUAGGAUAAGAUUGAAGAACAAAAGGAAAAUUACAAGAGACUAUCAUAGAAAGUAACUUUAUGUACAAAUCAUGGAACUAGAGUUGAAAGAAAUCUUUGAAAGCUAACUUUCUGAUUUUAGUUACAGGUCUGAACUCCAAAGCGGUGUGAUUUUGGAGCCCUGUGACUCAGAAAUCUUGGUCUUUUCAUUCCCAUUCCAGUAUUCAUUCCAACAAAAUGAGAACACACUGACUUAGAAGCACAGGAAUUAUUCGAGGCUUUUAUCUUAUUUAGACAUUAGGAAUUGCUUUGGGAAUAGAAAAACAGAUUGUGAACAUAUAUAAUUUUGUAAUCCAUUAUAAUCCUCAAGUACAAUUAGUAUUGUUUUAAUAUAACCUGUGUUGCUCUAUAACAUAGUCCUUAUAGAAGAAAAAAACAAAAACAUUACCUCAUUAUGAAUAGACUGUACUUGAGUGAUAAACAUCUUACUUUCUAAAUUACUUUUAUAAUUACUUGUAAAUUGAAACUUGGAGAAAUAUUGCUUUUAAAAACAAUCCUAAGAAAAACUUUAUUUCCUAGGUAGUAUGUAAAUAUGUCCACCAUAUAGUUGUAAUCCCACCCUUUCUUAACAGUUGAAAUUUGUUGUAAAUUCCAUUUACUAGGACUGUUAGAUUAUUUAGGUCAGGAACGGUUUCACAAGAAUGUUACUUGAGGCAGUAUGCUAGUGGAUGAAAUUUAGUAUUACUCCUUUGGAACUGCUUUUGCUUUCUCUUACUGUGUGGUUGUGGAUGACCAGUUUAACCUACGUGACUGUUUACUAUCUUCAAAAACUAACAUACCUGACAUUUGGAUCAUAGAAGUAGCGAUUUAAUAUUUAUAUAAAAACUAAAAUUAAGAAGGCUUACAAGUUAGAACUUUUUAAAUUAAAAGCAUUCUUAAAGGCUAUGUUUUGAAAGAUCAAAUAUAAUAGAAAAAUAGUUUAAUAGGCCUAAUAAUUCUUUCAGACAUUUCUGUUCAGAAUGGAAGAAUGUAGAAGAGAAAAAUUUUCAGAGUUAAGGUACUGAAUGAAAAGUGACUAUUCUCCAAUAAAGAGAAGAAAUAUAUCCUAGGUCUAACUUCUUGGACAGACCUAGAAAAUCUCAUUACAAAGUAAAUCUUAAACCAUUUCUCAGGUUUUUUUCUCAUUUCCAAGGUUUUGCAAAAACAUAAUUUGGAAAGACAGAAUUCCUGAAUAAAUCCAAAAGUCUGACAGAUAAGUGAGAAGCAACUUUAGAAAUACAGUAAAACUACAUCUAAGCAGUAAUUAAAGGCUGUAUCAUUGUAAUCUCUUGUUGGACUUAAUGUAAAGUUACCAUUUCUUCAUAAGUGAUGCUCUUGUAAGUAAGUGGUUAAAAAUGAAAAAUUUUUAGUCUUUUAUACUCCAGAUUGUAGAUAUCUUGUUAAUAUACCCUCUGAAGAACUGUCAUGUGCCUAAACAUGUACAAGGAAGAAUUAGGGCAAAUGAAAAGUGAAGCUAGGAAAUUAGUAUUCUCUGUACAGAUUCUAGUAGUCCCCUGGUAUCUGUUCCUUGAUCUCUUCUUUUGUGAAAGAAUCAUACCUCUUGUUCUCCUAAGAUUCCUUCUGACAUUUUUGUCCUUUUUCUAGUCUUGAUCUAUCUGCAUAAUAAAAUGAAUGACAAAGUCACCCACACUUAGGUUUGGAAUGAAACUUUCCUAGUUUUUGUUUGACACAGAUUUAAGGUCAUUUUUCAAAUUAGUGAUAGGCUGGCAUCUUACAGCAAUAAAGGGAUGGAUGAAUUCUCCCUGAAGAAUACAUUACAUUUCAUCCUUUUUAUAUGAGAUGUUUGCAGAAAUUUUGAGGCCUUACAAUAAGAUCAGUUGUUCAGCUUUUAAAUGUACCUAGUCUCAUUGAAGAGAAAAUUGAUAACUUUUUCAGAAAGUAACUUAUAGUGUUCAUAUUUUGAUAAUUUAAGCUACACAAAAUUUGAUUUAGUAUUUCACUGAGCAUAUAUAUACACAUACAGCUUAUAGCAUAAUUUGUAUUCACAUUCCAUAUUUUUAUUUGCUAAAUUUGUUUUUGAAAAAUAAUUAUGAAAUUUAAAAGGGAAUUCUAAGGUAAUAUUUUUCAUGUAGAAAACUAAUAUAGUUAAAGCAUACUGUUUGAAUAAAAUUAAAAUAAAUGGCACAUAUUCCUAAACCCUGAAAAUGCCAAGAUUAAGAACAUAAGCUAGAGAAUGUAUUGGGAAAUGCUAUUACUGAAAUUAAGGUGGUUAAUUUCAAUGAGAAUGGAUUUGUAAAUAUAAGAAAAAUAAAAAUGGUAGUUUGAUCUUAGAGAUUUCCCUUUGCUUCUAUUUUACUUAUCCCUGCAAAGUAUCAAAUUUUAUGAACAGUGAUUUUUAGUUUUAAAAUGUUUGUUUCUGUACUUCUAGAAAUUGUUAGAAUUUGUAUGAACUAAGGAGAUAGUAAUGACAUACAUUUCUGCUGGUUUCUCUUAAUGAACACUUGGAUUAAGGGUAGUGAAUGAGAUUAAAAACAUACACAAUUUAUAGAAUACUGUAUCAGUACAAAAUUUUAGGCUUUAUUUGCAAUGUAAACUGUUUAGAAUUCAUACACAGCUAAAUUAGAAAUAUUAAUACACUUAAUGGAUAGUGAUAAAAUGUUUACAAUGCUAAAUAUAGACUAUGUAUUUGAUAUCAUGUGUCAAGACAGAACUUUUAUAAGAUUUCUGAGUUGUAUUUUAUUGGCAGCUUCUGAUAAUGAAGAAAUUCCCCCAAAAAGAUAUGUGAAGUCAUCUUUAAAAAAAAAUAGGGAUAGCAUUGUUAGUUCUAAACUAUAUAAAAGCUUUGAUUUCCAUAAUUGACUAUUUGGUGAAUGUAUAAAUUAUACAAAAUGAUGUCUGCAUGGAAUAAAUUUAAGUGUGCAAGAGCCUUAAGUGGGGGGAUAAAUGAACUUUUUGACUGCCUUAAAGUACGACCAGCUCUGCCACAGAGGCAUACCAGUGACCUUGCUUGGAUUCUGUGUAUUAAGUAAUGCCUUAAUAGUGAAGUAGGGAACGCAAAGGGUCUUUUAGACUCUUCAUCUAUCUAGUGAGUUAAAAUUUAAGUUUCAAAAACUGAUUGUACAUUAGUGAUCUAAACUUACCCAUUCACAGGGUACCCUGGAUACACUGAUGUUUUACACAUCCAUGACUGUUAACAUCAGUAAUAUUUUGUGGUCAUUUAAGGUUUUGUAUUGUUUUGUAUAACCAAUUAUCGAAAAGCUGGACUUUGAAUAUAAUAUGGCCUCCAAGGACCAAGUUGCAUAUUUAACACUGAAUGAAAUAUAGAAUUGUACAAUUCCAAAGACUAAUUUUUUAAGGUAAUUUUUUUAAGACAGCAAAUACUUUGUUCUGAGCCUAAAAGCAAAUUCAUUCACGGAAGUGGAUAUAGUAGUAAAACAUUGAGACUUCUGCAAUAAAAAGUAUCCAGGCCAGUGGUUUAUUUACAUUGACAUUUUUACAUUCACUUUGCCUUUCAAAGCAGAAAUAUUUUAUAAAACUGAAAGAAUUGUUAAGCUGGUGCUUAAAGGUACAUAGUAAGCUUGAUUUACAACAAGUUAUUUCCAAGAAAGACCAUGAAAGGGCAAGGUGGGAUGGGAUGGGAUGUGGGUUUCCUAGGUCUGUUAGUAAUUGAUGCUUUGUCCAGUCUUCCAAGGUUUCACUGUAAAUAGUACAUCUAGCAAUGCAACUGGCUGUUCUCUGAUGGGAAAUGGAUGAAUAUACUAACAUGUUAGGUUUAUUUCAUGGUAAAAGUUUUCACCGAUACUGUGAAAUCUUCACUUUGUCUCCUUCCCAGCUUUGCACAAUAUGCUACUGUCCCUCAUCCGAACAAAUCUUGGAACCAAAAGUGUUUCAGAUUUCAGAAUGUUUGCGUACACACAGUGAAGUACCUUGAGGAUAUUUCCCAUGUUCCUUAUACACACGGCCUAAAGGUGAUCUUGUACAGUAUUUUUACUGUGCUGUGUUUUCGCUGUAACCUGUCAUAGGAGUUGAAUUUUCCACUUGUGGCAUCACAUCAGAACCUGAAAAGUUUUGGACUUUGGAGCAUAUCAGAUUUUUGGAUUAGGGACACUCAACUUGUACAUCAUUUUUGACCUGGAACACAGGUGGACACUACAUGAACUGUUUCUGGUUGGUUCAUUAUUGUAGAGUUUAAUAGGUGUACCAAAUAAACUCUAUGCACAUCGAACAA